AUGUCAGUACAAGAUCUUGCCACUACUUCCCUUCCUUCUCAAUUACUCUCUCAACUCAAUCAGCCACAACCAUUGAGUCGACUCCGACCUGUUCCUGCUCAUGAGCUUCGUGAUUUUUCAUUUCCUUGGCUUCCCAUGGGUUGUAAACAAUAUGAUAGCUUUCAAUGGUUACGGAAGAGAAAACGACCUUUGCUCUUCUCCUUUCAUCAACCUCUUCUUCAUUCCGAUGAAUUGUUAUUACAGGAAGAGUUUGUUCAAAUCUCAUCAUCAUCAUCAAUAGAGAAUAAUCAUCAUCAACAUGAUGAUGAAAAGAUUCCAACCACCGUUCAAUCCGAAAAUUCUCCCUUUUCAUUCUUUUCCAUGUUUUAUGAUGAAAUUGAAGGAGCCAAGAUUGCUCUCGCCAUUCCUGAUCUAGAAGGCUGGAACGGUGGUGUUUUGAUUCAUUGUCAUGGACAUCGGGCGAAAGGUAUUCCUUUACAGGCUGAUCUCACCGAAGAGAAUAUGCCUCAUGCCUUCCGAGAGUUGUUACGUGAGGGAUGGAUCAUUGCAAUGACUUCAUAUCGGAGAGAGGGUAUUGUGUUACGAGAUGCCAUUCAAGAUGUGAAUAAUUUGAGAGAAUAUAUUGAACGAAAAUGUGGACAUGUGGAGUGUUGUAUCUUGGAAGGAAGAUCUAUGGGUGGAGCCAUUGUAACGUUCUUGAGUGAAAAGUAUGGAGAGUGGUAUGAUGGAGCUGUGUGUAUUGGAGCUGCUUUGAGAGUGGAUCAGAGGAAUGAGGAAUUACCUCAUCUCAUGUUUACGUAUCGACCUAAGUUCCCAAUUUUGUACUUGACCAAUGUGAGCGAAUUGGGAGAGCCUUCAAAUUAUAUUGAAAAGGUAAAACAGUUGUCAGAAAGUGAAGCAAAAACUCAUAAGGGUCUUCCCAAUGACGAGAUUAUUGUCCCUGCGUUAUGGACUGUCUAUCGAGAGGGUCAUAAUUUAGUUUCAGAAUUGGAGAGAUUCUCUGCGAUCUCAAGCUUAAUUCAAUGGAUCAAGUACCAAAGUAACGUUACCAUGAAAACAAAUGAAUCAUGUACGCAGCCAGCACAAAUCCCUCCGUCACAAGUUGAAUUUUGCUCUUCCCAGUCGCAUGCACAAGGAGCUUGGGGAAAAGUCAAACAAUUAUUUAUUUAUGGCUCAUUUUCAAUUAAUUUCACAAGUCAAGAUUUUGAAAAGUUAGGAAUUGUUGAAGGAAAAUAUUUCACGUUUCACGUUCUGACCAAACAAUAUGGAAUGAAAACUGUGAGCGCCUCGUUUGGUUCCUUUCCCUUCAUUAAGCAAGCCACAGACUUGGAAUGGGUGGCAUUUGUCUCGCCAGUCGAUAAUUACAUUGUGCUUCAUGUGAAUACUUAUUCCUUCUCGAAUGAAGCAUCCAAAUUGGGCAUUGCUGCUGGAGACUCUGUUUUUGUGGAACAAUUUAAAACAUUGCCUCCUCGAAGAAGUAGAUGA